CCGCGGUGACACUCAACUUCCGGUAAUUCAGCUUCCGGGGCCGCGGUCAUGGCGACUCAGCAGCAGCAGCAGGCGGAGGUGGACGCGCUGUUCGACGUGAAGAACGCCUACUACAUCGGCUCCUACCAGCAGUGCAUCACCGAGGCGCAGAAGAUCAAGCCAUCUGGCCAGGAGAAGACUGUGGAGAGAGAUGUCUUCUUGUACCGAGCCUACAUUGCACAGCGCAAGUACGGCGUGGUGAUGGAUGAGAUCUCGGGCAGCUCCCCGCCGGAGCUGCAGGCGGUGCGCAUGUACGCCAGCUACCUGGCCCACGACGACAAGAGGGAUGCGGUCCUGAGCGAGCUGGAGCGUAAGAUGGCAGGCAGCGUGGACGUGAGCAACGCCAACUUCCUGCUCAUGGCGGCUUCCGUCUACAUCCACGAGGGAAACACCGACGCCGCGUUGCGCACUCUGCACCAGUCCGACAAGCUCGAGUGCUUGGCAAUGAUGACCCAGGUGUACCUCAUGCUCGACAGAGUGGACCUGGCAAGGAAGGAGCUGAAGAAGAUGCAGGAGAUGGAUGAGGACACCACUCUUACCCAGCUGGCGCAGGCCUGGGUGCACCUGGCCAUGGGAGGGGAGAAACUGCAGGACGCGUACUACAUUUUCCAGGAGCUCGCCGACAAGUACAGCUCUACCCCACUGCUGCUGUGCGGGCAGGCGUCCGCCAUGAUGGCGCAGGGCAAGUGGCAAGAUGCGGAGGGCACGCUGCAGGAGGCACUGGAGAAGGACAGCAGCAACCCUGAGACCCUCAUCAACCUGACUGUGCUGACUCAGCACCUGGGCAAGGCUCCAGAGGUGGCAAACCGUUAUCUUUCCCAGCUGAAAGAUGCACACAAAGGACAUCCCUUCGUCAAGGAAUAUUUAGCAAAGGAGAACGAAUUUGACCGUCUGGUGAAGCAGUACGCGCCGAGCGCAUGAGGAGGAGGACUGCCGCGGUCCACUGCAGGUGGCGUCAUCAGCUUCACGAGGAACCGUGGCGGAUUUGCCGAGUGCAUAAAAUAUUACAAGAAAAGCAGUUACCGCUGUGCAGGGUGCGCGUCAAAUCGUACAAGGCGACGUCACGCUCGGCAGGUGUGGCGGCGGACCAAUGUUCCUGUGCAUAGUUAAAUAAAAUGUUUAUACCGGCCAGCCCA